AUGGUGACACUGAAUUCCACCGUGUUGCCCUCGGCCACCUACUGGGGCCAGUAUGAGGAAAUCACCAAAAUCAACACUGAGUUGAACAUUGUCGAGAGAUUAUGGGUUGCUUGGUUUGCCUGGAUGCAGAACGAUGUUCUUGCCACCGGUAUCAUGUCCUUCAUGAUGCACGAGCUGGUCUACUUCGGUCGCUCCCUUCCUUGGAUCUUCAUUGAUACCCUGGGCUUUUUCAAAACUUAUAAGAUUCAGAACAACAAGAUUCCCUCAUUGAAAGAACAAUGGGAUUGCGCUAAGUUUGUGCUUCUCAGCCACUUCACUGUUGAGCUCCCUCAAAUUUGGCUCUUCCACCCCAUGGCCCAAUUCUGCGGCCUGUCGACUUCCAUUCCUUUCCCCUCCCUCUGGACCAUGGCCUACCAGAUCGCCAUCUUUUUUGUGAUGGAGGAUACCUGGCACUACUUCUCCCACCGCACUCUCCACUGGGGCCCUCUGUACAAGGCCAUCCACAAAAUCCACCACCAGUACUCCGCUCCCUUUGGACUAGCUGCCGAAUACGCAUCUCCGAUCGAAGUCAUGAUUCUAGGGUUCGGUGCCGUCGGCUGCCCUAUCCUCUGGUGCGCUUUCACUGGUGACCUACACAUUCUCACCAUGUACAUCUGGAUUGUGCUGCGCUUAUUCCAGGCCAUUGACGCUCAUUCUGGUUACGAAUUCCCCUGGAGUCUCCACCAUUUCCUUCCCUUCUGGGCCGGUGCCGACCAUCACGAUCUCCACCACGAAAAGUUCAUCGGAAACUACGCCAGCAGCUUCCGCUGGUGGGACUACCUUCUUGGCACUGAGUACACUCCCGAUGCGCUGAAGCGCCGCAGAGAAGGCAAGGCCAGAGCGAAGAAGGCUCAAUGA